GGUGCUCGUGCGCAGGCCCGCCCGCCCGGUGCCGCAGAUCUUCCAUUCCGGGGCACCCCCAGUCACAGUCACAGACUCACAGUCACUCCCCUCUCCUCGCCCCCGAGCCGCCGGGGCGGACACACGCGGCUCCCCCGUCCGUCCAACCAACCAACCACAGUUUUUCCCCCUCGCUCUCUCCUCCUCCCCCCUCCCCAGACGGCCAGACCUGCGCCAAGCCGCCAAGAGGAAACAGAGCACAGGGCAGGGCAACAGGACAGCGCGGCUCGCGACAAGCCGAGGGAGCGGAAAGCGAGAGCCGCGCCGGCCGCCUGGUGCGCGGGCGUCUGCCUUUCCCCUUUUCCUCCGCUGGGCCGUGGGCCGGCGGCGCAUGGCGUCGUCGCGGGUGAUGGCGUCGUCGUCCCCGCCGCAGCCCGCCGGCGCCGGGGCCGGAUCCUCCUCGGACCUCGGGCGCUUCAGCAGCGGCAGCGGCAUCGGAUCCAUGAACAUGGACGACAUCAUCCGCAACAUCUACGGCCCGGAGGCCGUCGCCGGCGGCGUCGGCGUCGGCGGGGCGGCGGAGCCCUCGCCCACCCCGGCGGCCCCGGCGGCCGCGGCCCGGCGGACGUCGGAGGAGGUGUGGAAGGAGAUCUCCGCCGCGGGGGGGCUCUCCGUGCCCUCCCUCCCUCCUCCCCCUCCCGCCACCGCCGGCGGCUCCGGGGCCAGGGGCGGCGGCGGCGGCGGCGCGGCGGAGAUGACGCUGGAGGAUUUCCUGGCGCGGGAUUCCGGCGCCAGGGCCGCCGCCGCGGCGGAGGGGAACAUGGCGCUGGGGUUCCCCGUCCCCGACGGGGGGGAUGCGGCAGGGGCAGGGGCAGGCGGCGGGAGGGGGAGCAGGAAGCGGGCGCUGGUGGAUCCCGCGGACCGCGCAGUGAUGCAGCGCCAGAAGCGCAUGAUCAAGAACCGCGAGUCCGCGGCGAGGUCCAGGGACAGGAAGCAGGUGAGAGCGAGGCGUACGUCGCAGAGCUGGAAUCGCAGGUUACGCAGCUCGAGGAGGAGCAAGCAGAACUGUUAACGGAGCAGGAGGAGCGACGCCAGAAGAGGCUUAAGGAGAUGAUGGAAAGGGCAUUUCCAGUCAUAAGGAAAAAACUGUCGCGAGAUCAUAGAAGAACCAAUUCCAUGGAAUGGUAGAAAAACGACUCCGAUCCCUGUUUCUCUUCCCUUAGAAGUUACCGAGUUUCUUUUUUUUUUCUUUUAGAUUUUUGUUUCCCCUAGUUUUCAUUGGCAGCUAUGUAGGAAUAGCAGAAACAAUUUUAGGUGACAUGAAAUCUGUUUAGGGUUGGGGUUGUGCGUGAUCAAGAAGUCACGCCAUUCAGAAUUAUCUGUUGUCAGCUUGACUGUUGUACAAACAUGAACAAUAAGAUUUGCUUGAAGGGUGGAAAGUAUCUUCAUUGCAAA